AGCAGAAAAAUGGGGAAAGCAAUUGAACGUGAGUCGCAUAAGCGACCCUGCCGCAGGUUAAGCUAUGAACUUGCAGGUGCUGGUGGGACGGAGCAGUUCACAAUCCACCUUGCUUUUGGUGAUAUUCCUUAUAUAGUACUUGGCGCCAAAGGAGUGGGCAGGACUGCUGCGUUCGUUUUACAUCAUCUUCUUUAUUUCGAAGCGGAUUCAAACAGUGCAUGGAAUUUGCUGUCGUUUUUCCAGGGAUUUUUAAGCAGACCCACUAUGCAAACGCUGCGUAAAAAAUGGGCCAACGCUGAUUCGGAAAUCGAAGAGAUAGUGCAAGUAUGUCGUAUGGUCGAGGAUGCGAUGAAUUCGGAACAGUACAAUCAACUCCGUACACAAGCACAGAUGAGUGUAACAUCGAAAAGGAAGCUCUCCUAUGAUGCCAUCACUGACACAGAUUCUGAUGUGCCUGUUCCUAAAAAGAAGAAUAAGGCCUGUCAGGCAGUAGCCUUAGGAAAUGGGCAUUUGGAAUUGGACUGGGCAGACGAGUACGACGAAGAUGGACUACACUACACCUAUAUAUCUCCUAUGUCCUCUUCUGGUAGAUUUCUUUUUUUUUGCUUGCGAGAAAAGUUUCGAGAGCAUUUCCCCGUUUUUACUGUCUAA